CAGGAAGGAAGUUCCGCAGAUCAAAGGACGACUGGUGGAGAAUAGCUGUCACGACAGAGCUAGCACACCUGGUUCAACGAAUCAUCAAGCCUUUGACUAGGUGAGUCAGGUGAGCUGGUUCCGGCCCUUGACUAGAUGAAUCAGGUGGUAGUGAAUGCGGUAGAGUCCCAGUCUAGGUAUGGAGCAGUGUGCGUGUGUGGAGCGGGAGCUGGAGAAGGUGCUCCAUAGGUUCGUCAUGUACGGACACCAGUCAGAGGAACGGCUGGACGAACUACUACGCAGCGUCUGUGAGCUACGGGGACAGCUGGUUACAUUCGGGGUACAAGAUGCAGAUCUUUCAGUGCUGUCUCAGACGAUGGCCCAGUGUUGUAAGAACAUUAAAGAAACAGUACAGCUGCUGGCCUCCAGACACAAGGACAUCCACGGCAGUGUCUCCAAAGUCGGCAAAGCUAUCGACAGGAACUUUGAUGCAGAGGUGAGUGCAGUGGUGGCAGAGACAGUGUGGGACUCACCUGAGAGACAGAAGUACCUGAGUGAGACCAUUGUGGAACACCUGUACAGACAAGGCAUGCUGAGCGUGGCAGAGGACCUAUGUCAGGAGUCUGGAGUAGUGAUUGACAUGAGCAUGAAGCAGCCAUUCUUGGAACUCAACAGGAUCCUGGAGGCCUUGAGGAUGCAGGACCUCAGACCAGCACUAGAGUGGGCAGUAACAAACCGGCAGCGCCUGCUGGACCUGAACAGUACCCUGGAGUUCAAGCUGCACCGCCUCUACUUCAUCAGCCUGUUAAACGGAGGCAUCACCAACCAGCUGGAGGCGCUACAGUACGCCAGGCACUUCCAGCCCUUCGCCUCACAGCACCAGAGAGACAUCCAGAUCCUCAUGGGUAGUCUGGUGUACCUGCGGCACGGCAUAGAGAACUCUCCCUACCGCUCUCUGCUAGAGACCAACCAGUGGGCUGACAUCUGUAACAGCUUCACCAGGGACGCCUGCGCUCUGCUGGGGCUAUCUGUAGAGUCACCUCUCAGUGUCAGUUUUGCGUCAGGCUGCAUGGCUCUACCAGUCCUGAUGAACAUCAAACAGGUGAUUGAACAGAGACAGUGUAGCGGAGUCUGGACACACAAGGACGAGCUGCCUAUUGAGAUAGACCUGGGGAAGAAGUGCUGGUACCACUCCGUGUUCGCAUGUCCCAUCCUCCGGCAGCAGACGUCAGAGAGCAACCCUCCCAUGAAGCUCAUCUGUGGACACGUCAUCUCCAGAGACGCCCUCAACAAACUCACCAACGCUGGAAAACUGAAAUGCCCCUACUGUCCCAUGGAGCAGAACCCGUCAGAUGCCAAGCAGAUCUUCUUUUGAUCCCCCAUCCUGUUUCUGGAAACCCCCAGGCCCCAGGCAAAGUGGAGCCCCUUUGAGCUACAGUAGCUACCUGCUACCCCAGGACCCCUGUAAAUCCCCCAUCCUACCUCCUGAGAGAGAGCGAUCUCAAAAGGAUCAUUCAUUCAUUGACACUCAUUUUCAGCUGCCUGCAGAACUUACUAUAGGCUUAUUCUUGUUAAGGAUGUGAUGAUGCGUUAUCAUAGCGUAUCAAGUUGAGUUGUAGAGUUUUUGGACGACUGCUCUGUUCCUUAUUUCUUUCCUCUAUAUAUCCAUCUGUAGGCUUUCCUUAGAACACAGAAUCCUCUAUAUAUCCAUCUGUAGUCUUUCCUCAGAACACAGAAUCCUCUAUAUAUCCAUCUGUAGGCUUUCCUCAGAACACAGAAUCCUCUAUAUAUCCAUCUGUAGGCUUUCCUCAGAACACAGAAUCCUCUAUAUAUCCAUCUGUAGGCUUUCCUCAGAACACAGAAUCCUCUAUAUAUCCAUCUGUAGGCUUUCCUCAGAACACAGAAUGGUCGGUUGAAUGGAUGUUAGAGAGGUGAUGUGACAUUAUGGUUUUUAGGAAGUUGUCUGAUUUCAGGAGAGUAUUUAAACUUCUAUAUUACAGAGGUAAAGCUAAGUGGCCUCUGAGAAAGUAUAUUCACAUAUAUAUUGUAUUGAGAGGUUGUGAUUGGCUGAUAGGUUGAGGUGACCGUGGUUACAGUUUGUGAAUGGAACACUGAUUGUAAAAAAGUAAAAUUUUGCCUAUUGGCUAUGAUGUAAUAAAGGCCCUGAUUGGUUGAAAGUCACUAUGGGUUACAGUACAUGUAUCAGUGUGACGAUCAACAGUUGUGAUCGAUGGAGAGGUCGAGGGUCAAUUGGCUGAUUGAUUUUGCAACUGCCUCCAAUAACAAGAAUUUUCCUGUUUCUUGUUCUGUGUAGGCCGAUGUAUUUAACAAAAACAAAUUAUACUACUGUGAAGUCUGAUUUUGUUUUUAUUUAUCAUCGCUAGAAUCAAGUCUCCUGUAAGAUAGUGAAACCAUAAGUAACUUUAUACCUUUUUAUGAAAUAUAAUUCUGCCACAAAAUAGCAACAUCAGUAUUGGAUCCAUGAUCAAAUCCUUCUCCUUGGACCAAACGGAUAGCUCCCAGCCCAUGAAAUGGUGAUGUCAGCACCAGCAUCUCUUUAACAGCCGACACAUGGUAGCAGUCAGCCAUUAUAUCAACUCUGCACUGAUCACCAGUCAGAAUUAAUGAUGGUAACAGGUCUUUAUUUGAUGGUUUGUGUGCGUACACGUUCGUUUUGUGUUUAGUUGAUUUGACAUUUUAUUUACUGCUUUUGGUUGACAAUCAUUCAUCUCCUUUCCCAGAAUACAUUAAGGUCUGUUAUGGCUUCUUCUUCUUUUCCAGUAGUCAGAGUUAUUGAGUUCUUGUAUGAUAGGUUUGCCUUUUACCUGCUUCUCUUUCUUUAUUCAAGUUUUAUUGUACAUAUUUAUUCUCUAACAUGUUUCAUAUUAUACUUGCAUCUUGAAAUGGAAUAAAAACUUUAUACUCCAA